AUCAAUUUUAGAAUUAUGAUGAUAUGAAUUAUAGAGUGGGGUACUAUCUAAAUGUAAAAUGGUCACCAUUCACGUGAAAUGAUCUGUGGCGAUACAACAUUUGGGCGUACGAAAGCAACAUGAUAUUUUAGAACGGACGUGGUACCUCAGUCCACGUAGGAACAGUCUUAUACCAAUUUUGUGCUUGUACUGAAGGUUCUUAAAGGGAGUAAGAUGGGUCUGGAUGUAUUUAUUGAACGGCUGAAAUUUAUCCCAAGUUUCUUCACACUGGACAUGUCCAACCUCCAAACUAGUAAACUACAAACUAUGAAAGUUAAAAUGGAGGAGCAGGAACAGAAUAAAUCCACUGAAACGGUUAACAACAAUCUAGCAUCAUUUCUCAAGUUUAUUCUUAUCAAAGACUUUGGUUCCUGCGAGACCAAAAACUCGUGGGUUUUAGAGAGGAAUCCGUGCAAUAUACAAGCAAAUGUCAUGAAAGCUGUUCUAUAUUCUCAAAUGGACAGAAUUAGCGAGGCAGAAGAUAAAUUCAAAGAACUUAAAGAAUUAAGCAAAGACGAUUAUUUGAUGGCCGAAGCUACAGCAGAAAACGCAUAUGCCUACUCUAGAAUGGGACCAAUAUAUUAUAAUACAGCCAUUGAACUGUAUGAGGACGUUAUUCGAAAAUAUCCAGACCAAUAUGACUGGAAAUAUCGCAUGGCACUAACUAUACGUAGAUGCCAACAUUCGGGCAUUUUCGGUCUAUUACCCGCAAGUGACCCCGUAGCAAACUUCCACAGGGCUAAAGGAAUGUUUGAGGAUGUAAUUGAGAAUAGUGAGGAUAGAAUAUUAAAAGCCUUGUCUUUUAAUGGCCUGGCCCAGCUGCAUCACGGAUAUUGUGCGGAGAAGAUUACUUUCGGCGACAUGGGACUUCAAACAAAAGAAGCUGUUAAAGAAAAGAUCAUUUUAUAUUUAACCAAGGCUAAUGAAUUCUCUGAUGAUGAUCAGAAAGUUUUAACGGAAACGGGUCGCUUACUGAGAAAACUGAAACAAUUGAAAUUUGCUAGAAUCGUAUUGGAAAAGGCUGUGGCCAUACAACCAACCACCGUAUCUUGUGAGCAUCUCGCUUUAACUAUAAGAGAUAUAGAUGGUGGGUAUACACCAUUAGUGAUUGAUCGCUUGGCACAGGCCGUGGAAUUAAGUGAAGGUCUCAACCUGUCCGCUAUGGAGAAAUUAGGUAUAGCUCAUAUGAAGUCCCGGAAUCUUGACAAAGCUCUUGAAUAUUUCACGAAAAUCGCCGACGGAACUGACCAUUUUUAUCAAAGACAGGGCAACGAGAGAGCAUCAGCAUGUUAUAAAUUACUCGCGGAAGACUGGAACAUGUCCUUAGAAGAAAAAAAUAGAUGCUAUAAUGAAUGCAAUCGCUAUCAAAGAGAGUGCAUUAUUAGUGCUGUUAAGCUUCAUCUUCGAGAUGGCAAAGACACAGAAAUAGAAAAGGUUUCUGUGAGAGAUCUUUUCCGUGAUUCAAGAGACUACACCCGUUACAGCGGUUCAACCUUAGAUCAGGUUAAACGAAUUGUGAGAUUUAAAAAAAAAUCUCUCGGUUUUAUCCGUGAUAUUAAUUUGGCUUACAGAAAAAGGGAUAUUAAUGACGCUUUUAAAAAUUUGAUACACACAUUUUUAAAGUUAAAGGAAUAUAAUGACUGUAUGGAUUUAGCCACCAUAUUAACGGUAACGGAUAUACCAGAAAUAGAGAUGAUAGCAGUAGAGGUUAUGAUGAAUAUUGUUGGAGAAACGGCUGACGACACCAUUGUAAACUCCUGCUUUGAACGAGCAAUGACAAUUUCUUACAAUGCUAAGGAAGUGGAUUCACAUGUCCGCCUUAUCUAUGAUACCACAACUUGUAAAGAAGAGGCAGAUAAGAUUGAUGAAUGGCUGGUAGGAGUAGGGUUAAAGGUAACGAAGAAUCAGGAUGAUAUCUUUCAGUUCCAAAACAAAAACCAGGCCCUGUUGACGGCCAUGUCUGAUUGUAAUAUCGUGGUGUUAUGCAUUUUUAAAAAUGACAACACGAACUUAGUGGAAGAUUAUCCGAUUGACGCUCUUCCUCAAAAUCAGCCGGUUGUUAUUCCAUUGGUUGUAAACAGUAGUUACGUGUCCCCUAAUCUACGUCAUAUUCCGCCUUUGAAAUACCCAGACACUGACGAUUCGAAGGGAAACUGGUUGAAAGAAUUUGGGAACAGAGUAUUUAUAAGGGGUGCUCAAACAUAA